AUGCGCUUAUGGAUAGACGGUCAACCGGCUCAACGUCAACGAUACCCCGGUCUAUUGGCCUGCCAGCUCAUCUGCGUCAACUGCAGGUGUAGCAAGUGCAGGUGCAACACGACUCUCCUCAUUCGCGUUCCAACAAUAGUCUCGGUGUCGGUUUCGGGCUCGUCAAGAGUGCGAUAUCACGUCUCAUGUUACUACAUCGCAUCAUGCUUGUCCAUGUCCUGUCCAAACCGGCGACGUGAACGGCGUCUUGUCAAUCGGUCUCCCAAGGUCUCCCAUCGCCCGGCGGUUGACGAAAUGGGGUUUCGGGUCUCCAGUCCUGGUGGGCAUCUAUCGCGAUUCAAUCUCUCCGUGUCAUCGACCGGCCGCCCUUUCGCGUGGAAUAAACCUGAACCUGGACCACGGGAUGAUAUCAGUUGGUCACUGGGGACUGGGAAGUCGCAGCACUUGUUCCAUGAUUUUUCCAUGAUUUUCCAAGCCGUUGGUCUGCCGCACGAACAAUCAGUUCUGAAAUUCCUGGCCCUCGAUGGUUAUCUUCGCGAGUUCAGGUGCCCCUUCAGCUUUCAUUUUCGAAAUAUUCCGGUUCAGAAAUUUACCGUCCAUGUCCAACACGUCGUUUCUCCAUCCACGACGAAAUCCCCGAACAGAUGUGAACGUUGGUCCACCAACAAAGGAAACCGGAAACUAGGAGGACCCUAG